AUUUCGCUACCCGUUCCACGUAGCAAACUGACUCUAUCCUCACCAUUCUCACAGCUCCACAACUCCAGUUCAAAGUCCGCCAUGCCGGGUCCGGUUGUUGAAGAAACUGAAGCCCAGAGCAAGUUUCAGGAUGAGCCACUGGUAGAGGACGUGAAGGAAGAUGAUGACCAUGAAGAUGACGCCGAUGACUCGGAUGAUGAUGAUGAUGAUAAGGAUGAUGGUAGCCCAGGUGCAAAUGACAGUUCUAAACAGAGCAGAAGCGAAAAGAAGAGUCGGAAGGCCAUGUUGAAACUUGGAAUGAAACCUGUGGCGGGUGUGAGUCGUGUCACGAUUAAGAGAACCAAAAACGUACUGUUUUUCAUCUCAAAACCGGAUGUUUUCAAGAGCCCCAAUUCUGAGACUUAUGUCAUUUUCGGAGAGGCCAAGAUCGAGGACUUGAGCUCUCAGUUGCAGACACAGGCUGCUCAGCAGUUCAGGUUGCCUGAAAUGAAUUCUACAAUGGCAAAGUCAGAAGCAGCUGCCACGGCUUUGACUGCUCAAGCGGACGAGGAAGAGGAGGAAGUCGACGAGACGGGCGUUGAGCCUCGGGACAUCGAUUUGGUUAUGACACAAGCAGGAGUGUCUAGGACCAAGGCUGUCAAGGCUCU